AUGGCAUCAUCGGAAGCUGAUCGUAUACGCCGCCGAACUUCUGUCAUAGCGCAGCAUCUCUCACGGUGGGCCGCGCCUGCAGCGACGAGGACCCUGAAUGUCUCCGCUUGCCUACAGUACUCCCCUCCCGAGUCGUCGGAAAAGGUGGGUUUCGAUGUCGGGGAGAUGCGGCGGGUGAUGGACGGACACGACGUGGAGGCGCGCGACUGGGCAUACCGGAUAAUGGAGGAGAGUCCGCUGUUCUGGUCCCCUAGCCGCCGACCCGAGGGGAGGGGUUUCAUCAUUCCGGACUAUAACCAGCCGAUGGAACACCAGAGAGAGAUGACCAUGCGAAGGAUCAUGUAUCUGAAGGAACGGGGGAUGUAUGAUGGCUGGCUAACGGGGGGGAGGGAGACGGAAAUGAGGAAGUUCGCGAUGUUUGAGAGCGCCGGGUUGUUCGAUCACGGCCUUAGCGUCAAGAUGGGUGUCCACUUCUCCCUGUGGUGAGCUUUCUUGCCGAUCCAUUAUUUCUCCGUCGUUUCUAGGCCGGAACUCUCAAAUUGAUUGCGCCAUUAAUAUGAACGAGAACGAUCAGAUGCUGAAAUAUCGUUUACUAGUGCGGCAUCACCAUAGAGAAAACAGAUUCCCAGAGUUUAAUUCAUGAUGCCAUGGAGAAAAACAAAUGAUCGAUCAACCAUACAGAAUGGCUACCCGUGAGCAGUUAUUUCCUGUUGUUUUUCUCUCUAUGAACCAGGUCGGCUGAACCUGAUACCUUACUUAGAUUUUUUAUUCAUUUUCAUUGCAAUAAAUUCGGACAAUGCGAGAGACUGCUGCGUGACUGAUACCUUAUUUGAGAAUCUUACCUUGAUGCACAUCUGGAUACCCAGGAAAUUCUCAGCAGAAUCGAUUUCUCUGCAUUUCAGAUCUGGGGCAGCAUUGAAUCAGGCCAUAAUAGCCGUCUGCGUAAAUUGACAUCAGAAUCUCCCAGUCGCUUUUUUAUUUUACACCCUUUCAUCCUUUUUAGACUUCUCUCCUUGACUUAUUUGAACAUAUGUCACCAUAUGUCACUUUCUGUUCCCUAUUUCGUCUGCUUCUUCAUAUGCGGCGUGAUAUUCUUUAGCAAAGCUUGAUAUGUUACUGAAGAAAAUAUAUGCUGCGUUUGCUACUUUCGAGCUUGGGGCCAAUUUUUCUCUGAUUAGUGCAACCUCGAAUUUCUCAGGGGCUUGGCCAUCCGAUAUUUGGGCACAAAAUAUCAUCAUGACAAGUGGUUGAAGGACUCCGAGAAUCUUUCAGUGAAAGGUUGUUUUGCCAUGACGGAGUUGGGUCAUGGAAGUAAUGUAAGCUUAAACACUUUUCAGUGCAUCCUUUGUGAGAUUUCUUCUUUUAAUCUUUUACAAAAUCGUUCAUUUUGGCGUGAAGGUUCGAGGAAUUGAAACCAUAGCCACCUAUGACUCAAGCGCAGGGGAAUUCAUUAUAAACACUCCAUGCGAAUCUGCCCAAAAAUACUGGAUUGGGGGCGCUGGCAUAGUAAGUUUUUUUUUUUUUCUGAAUCUUGGUUCGUUUCUUUUCUUGUACAUGCUUCCCUGGUGUGCCAUGCGGCAGGUAUCCAUCAGUGUAGAAAUCUCCUGACGAUUGAGUAUCGUUUUCAGCAUGCAAACCACACUAUAAUCUUUGCUCAGCUGCAUAUACAAGGAAAAAACCAAGGUGUUCAUGCAUUUGCUGCACGGAUCAGAGAUGACGACGGGAACGUUUGCCCCAACAUCCGCAUUGCCGACUGUGGUCAUAAAAUUGGUCUGAAUGGAGUUGAUAAUGGUCGCAUCUGGUAACAGAUAUUCCUUAAUAUUGUUUUUUUUAACGUUUUUCUUUGCAUUUUUCUCUAAUACAUUGACGGCAUAGGUUUGAUAAUCUCCGCGUACCUAGACAGAAUUUGCUGAACUCAGUUUGUGAUGUAUUGCCAGAUGGGCAAUAUGUUAGUGUAAUAGAAGACCCGGAUCAGGUGAGAACAUCUCGGAUAAUCCCUUGGUGAUUCUAUUAUUGUCCUUCAGUCAAUUUUUUGAGGGGAGAAAUUUUUUAAUCCCAGCAACCUUUCCAUGGUUCAGAGAUUCGCUGCAUUUUUGGCUCCACUGACAUUUGGUCGUGUAAGCAUCAUAGCUAGUGCAGUGUACUCAUCCAAGGUCAGUUCGAUGCUAAAUGUUGACUUCAUAUUGAUUUCUUCUGUUUUCCUCAUAUUGUUUUCCAUAUACUGUCGUCAGGUUGCUCUAUCUAUUGCCAUAAGGUACUCGCUGACGAGGCGUGCGUUCUCCAUAGAACCUAAUGGGCCAGAAGUUCCUCUGCUGGAUUACCCUACUCACCAACGACGGCUCUUGCCGCUUGUCGCAAAAACGUAAAUUCUCCCCUGCGUUUUCGUUUUCGUUUUCCUUAAAGCUGCCAUUUUGGUUCAGAUAUAAAUACUUCUUCAGCCUUUUCUGAAUAUUUAUACUUAUUUUUUCCAUAAUAGAAUAAUACAUCCUACAUAGAAAUCAGAGAUUAGGUGCUGACAAUCUUUUCCCUCAGUAUUUAUAUCUACUUUUUCAUCAGACUACAGUUCUUUCAAUGUAUGAACCAAAAAUUUGCGUAAAGGAACUUUAUUUCAUUUUUUCAGGUGUGCUAUGAGCUGUGCGGCCACCUUCAUAAAGCGGAUGUAUGUCAAGAGGACUCCGGAGAUGAACAAAGCCAUUCACAUCUACUCGAGUGCUUUCAAAGCUUCAAUGACCUGGCACAACAUGAGGACCCUCCAGGUCUCGGACUCGGCUUAACCAAAGAAUCAGGGAAUCCUCUGAGGGCCAUAUUUCUUAUGCAGAGGCUCCUAAUUCUCUUGCAGGAGUGCCGCGAGGCCUGUGGCGGGCAAGGUCUGAAGACGGAGAACCGCGUCGGCGUUCAUAAGGGGGAAUUUGACGUUCAGUCCACCUUUGAGGGAGAUAACAAUAUCCUCAUGCAACAGGUGAUCUGAUCUUCCUUUUAUCGCAUCUGAACUGUCCCUCUCCUCGUGUUCUUCUUAUGUGGCUGAAACUGUUCUGGAAUCGUGCGAUCAGGUCAGCAAGGCCCUCCUUGCGGAGUACAUCACCGCUCAGAGGAGAAGGAAGCCAUUCAAGGGGCUAGGAUUGGAGCACAUGAACGAUCCUUCUCCAGUGAUCCCAGCGAAUCUCACGAGUUCUGUCGUCAGGAGCAUCCAAUUCCAGGUUCCUAGAUUUAAAGUUCAUCAUUCUCCCAUCUUAGCUUAAUUUUUUUAUAACUACUGUUGUACAUCGUCUCCAUUUCAGUGGAAUUAGCAUCAGUUUCAUUCAUACAUAGCGUACUAGCUUCUCUCUGCGUAUAUUUCAGAUGGAUAUGUUACGUUUAAGAGAGAGGGAUUUGCUGGGUCGAUUAGCAAAGGAGAUAUCCGACCACCAAGCUCGGGGGGAAAGAAAGGAGUAUGCUUUCAUCCUGGUUAGUACCUCUCUCUCUCUCUCUCUCUUCCUUCCCCCUCCAUAUUUACCACGAAACAACAAUGGCUUUUGAUUCAUGGCAGAGCUACCAAGUUUCCGAGGAACUAGGCAGAGCCUUCUCUGAUUUAGCGGUGCUCCAAACACUUGUAGAGGCUGAGAUGGCUGCGACCAACGGUCCGGUCAAGGUACGUCCCUCUCAUCCCUCCCAGCAUUUCUCAGCUCUCUCUCUCUCUCUCUCUCUCUCUCUCUCUGAAGCCCGUCUCAUUAUCUCCCUCAGGAAGUGUUGGGCUUGCUAAGAACCACCUACGCCCUCAUCAUCAUCGAAGAGGAUGCGUCAUUCCUCCGCUACGGGUUCCUAACCCCUGGCGGCGCCACCGUGGUGAGGAAAGAGGUUGGGGCACUCUGCGGCGAGCUGCGGCCACACGCUCUCUCCAUCGUCACCUCCUUCGGCAUCCCACCGAGCUUACUGAGCCCCCUUGCCUUCGACUGGGUCGAGGCCAACUCCUGGCCCGCAGUCGACAUCCCCUGA